AUGCGCUGCUCUAUAUGUAAUUUCAUGUUCCAUCUUGGUGAGUGCUCUGAUGAAACCGAAGAAACACUGCAAGGAAAACCUGGGGAUUUUAAAAAAACAUGGAAGUGUGGACUGUGCAUAGGAGGCAAAAAAACGAACAAAGAAACAAAAACGCCGAAAUCGGUAGUCGACUUCUCUUUACUGUUGCUGGAAAUAAGUAAUAAGCUCGAUACUCUUAUGACCUUGCCAAGCGUGAUCGGUGGACUCGAAAGGUCUGUAUUAGUACUUUCAGACACGUUUGACGACCUUCAAAGUCGUUUACUUGCGCAGGAGAAGUCCACUAAAGAACUGGCUAAUCGAGUAGACCUGCUAGAAAAAGUUUCCUCUGGAAACGAACUCGCUCAGCUCCGAUUAGAUUUGGAUAACCUCGAAAGACAGAGCCGUCGUCUAAACAUUGAAAUUCAUGGCAUCUCAGAAACACAAAAUGAAGACCUCAUGGGAAAAAUGAACAAAUUGGCAACAAAGCUGGAUAUUCCACCUGUAAACCGAAGUGACAUUGCAGCCUUGCAUAGACUCCCAGCAAAACCGGGCGAAACACGAGGCGUUAUCGUUCGCUUCACGUGUCAGGAGCUUCGCGAUUCUUGGCUUCAAAAAAGGCAGUCACUUAAGAAAGAAAAAGGCAACUUGUAUAUUUGUGAAAACAUGACUCGGCUCUCCCGCACUCUCUUGUCAAUGACGAAGGAAUGGGCGCAGAAAUCAGGAUACGCUUUUGUUUGGCAUGCGAAUGGGAAAGAGCUAGUCCGAAAAACGAACGGUGAACGUGCAGUGGUUAUUCGCGGUGAGGAUGAUCUUGUCAAUCUAAAGUAA